CUCAGUUCUUGAUUGUGUUUCCCCACAGCGAAACGUUUAUUUUUUUCCUGACCUAAGGCCUGGGGCUGGUGGUCUCCCCCUGGGAACUAAACCGCAGGCACUGGGUAGCCUUUGGGUUUGGCAAAUUGUUUUCCUUCCUAGGGGGUCCCUUUUAUGCUCAGGAGGGCCUCACCAUGUGAGAUGAAGAAACCCCCCUGAGUACUGGAGUCUCCUGGGGAUAGGUGGCUAUCCUGGAGCUCCAGGGGCGAAUCCACUCUCUCCCUGAGCUUUCCCCUUACCUUGGAGGUUUGAGGGUCACGCUCUCUCCGGUGAUGGGGGUCUUUCUGUGCGGCUGGGGCUGUAACUGGGCCGUCCUGGAGGCAUCAUUGCCGUUUUUUCGAAUUCGGCGCCAAAUCCGGCGUCCCUCAGAGCCGGCGGCGCAGGGCGAUGACGUCACGCGUGUCACUUCCGGGUCGGCUCAAGUGAAAGAUGGCGCGCUCCAGCACCAGCACGCCAGUCUCGGCUUCCCCACAGCACCGGAGACACCCGUGUACACACGGCAGCAGCCAAGAGAGAGCGGCGCCUUCAUCCUCACGCGAUGGAGCGAGAGGUUCGGUCUGCUAUGGCCCUGGCUGCGGAGGAGGCCACAGGGGGGGAGGAAUGUGUUGCCCAGGGGGGUGCUAGUCGAUCGGCUAAGGACACUAGUCGCUCCAAAAAAUGUGGCUACUGUAGUGGCAAGCUACCCUCAGAUUAUUCAAAACCCUUUUGUGCCAAAUGCAUUGUUAAAUUAGCAGGGAAGGAGACCUCUGAAAUUCUUAAAGGGUUUCUAGAGGUCCAAUCUGAGAUGCUCUCUACACUCAAAGAAUUCAAGGGGUCUUUAAAGAGCAAAGAACCUGAACCCCCUAUCGCAGGGCCCUCCUCGCAAGAGAGUUCCUCUUCACAGGUUUUUAGAGUCCGUCAGGAAUCCCACGGUUCCUUAGUGUCGGACUCUGAGGACUCAGAGAUUCCUCCUCAGGAGGAUGGCUCUGUUGGCCAGGCAGAAGAAGAAGGCGAGGAUGCUAGGACAGGCAGAUAUGUCUUUGCUGCUGACGAUAUGGAAGGCCUCCUAGAGGCAGUGUACGCCUCUGAGGAGAUUCCUCAGCCUGCGGAAAUAAUUUCUACACAGGAUAGGUUAUACCAGGGCCUGCUUAAACCUCAGGCCAAAGCAAUUCCGGUACACCAGUCCCUGAAGGAUAUCAUCCUUAGGGAAUGGGCAGAGCCAGAGAAAAGGCUUUUAAGGUACAAGACCUGGAAACGACGUUGCCCCUUUAAGGAGGAGGAGGAAUCAAGAUUUUUCAAAGUUCCUAGAUUAGACGCUCCACUCGCGCAAGUUUCCAAGCAGUCGGACCUCUCCUUCGAGGACACAGGCAAUUUGAGGGAUCCUAUGGAUCGGCGGGCAGAGACCUCCUUGCGUAGGGCCUGGGAAGCUAACGCGGCUGCCUUGAGCCCCGCCUUGGCUUCGGCCUGUGUUGCUAGGAAUGCUAAUUCCUGGAUCUCAAAAUUGCUGGAACAUGUGUCCCAGGGGUCAGAUUCUAAGGAAAUUUUAGAAUCCCUUCAGCUCAUAGGGAGCGCAGUAGCCUAUCUAGCGGACGCCUCUGUAGAAACAGUCCGUUCUACCGCAAAGACGGGAGCCCUCCUCAAUUCUGCCAGAAGGGCAGUGUGGGUCAAAAUGUGGAACAGGGACCUGGCGUCUAAAAACCGCCUUUGUGGUCUUCCCUUCGAGGGCUCCCUACUCUUCGGUUCAGGCCUGGACCAGGCCCUGACCAGAUCCUCAGAAAAAGGGGUACGCUUUCCUACCAAGCCUAAACAAAACAAGAAAAGAUUUUUUCGAGGCCCCCAGGGUGGAUUUGGAGGUAAGAACCGUCCCUCAGAAAAGAAGCCCCCUUACAACAGACGUUGGGGUGCUGGGAAGGAAAAGCAAAAAGGAGGUAUCCUCUUUUCCAAUCCCAAACCCAGCGACAAAGACGCUAAAUGACGUGAAGGUCGGGGGAAGACUCUCCCAGUUCCUUCCCAGGUGGGAGAGUAUUACUCAAAGUCCCCAUAUUCUCCAGAUUGUAAGAGAGGGGUACAGACUAGAGUUCCGUCAGCCUCCCCCUCCCAACUUUAUUUUGACUCAUUUACCCAAGGACCCUCUCAAAUCAGCAGGCCUUCUGCAAAAUGUCGCAGAAUUGGCACAACAGGGGGUCAUAGUUCCAGUCCCUGUGUACCAGAGAGGGUUGGGAGUGUACUCCCACAUCUUUGUGGUUCCCAAGCCCUCAGGCAAAUUUCGUUUAAUUAUAAAUCUAAAGCCCCUGAAUACCUCCCUUCUCCACAAGAAGUUUCGUAUGGAGAGUAUUUACAGCCUCAGGAGGCUCCUACUGAAGGAGGUAUUCAUGGUCACCAUCGAUCUACGAGACGCGUACCUCCAUGUCCCGAUUUUCUUGGGGCAUCAGAGGUUCCUCAGGUUCGCGAUCGCCUCCGCCCAGGGAGUGCAGCAUUGGCAAUUUGCUGCCCUUCCUUUCGGACUGGCCUCCAGUCCAAGGGUCUUUACCAAGGUCCUGGCGGAGGCAAUCGCCUUCCUGCACCUACAAGGGAUAGCGAUAGUCCCCUAUCUCGACGACUUGAUACUAUACAAUCAAAGUCGGGAUCUCCUUCUUGCGGAUCUGGCCACUGCAAUGACUACCCUCGAGUCCUUGGGGUGGAUCAUCAACAGGGAGAAAUCCUCUCUCCUUCCAGAACAGCAAAAAGUCUAUCUAGGUUUUCUGAUAGAUUCCUUGGAAAGGAAGCUCUUUUUACCCAACGACAAGAUCCGGGGUCUCAUGUCAGUGGUCAGAUCAACGUUGGAAAGAGCAGAGUCCUCCUUCAGGGACAUCAUGAGAGUCUUAGGUCUAAUGACUUCCUGUAUUCCAGCAGUCCCGUGGGCUCAGCUCCACUCCAGACCCCUCCAAUUUUUCCUUCUUUCCUCCUGGGACGGAAAAAGGGAAUCCCUAGAGCUCAGCGUCAGUCUCCCAGAACCAGUGAAGCUCUCACUGGACUGGUGGCUCAUCCCACAGAACCUACAGCAAGGUCUGUCGUGGGGCCAGACCAAUCCGGUCAGGAUUACCACGGACGCCAGCUCAUGGGGGUGGGGCGCACAUCUGUAUGAUCUCCGUGCCCAGGGUACCUGGGGACAAUGACAGAAGGGGGCCUCUUCAAAUUACCGCGAGCUAUUAGCGGUCGGAGAGGCUCUGAAGGCAUUCGAGGACAGAAUCUUGGACCAGGAGGUCCAGAUCAUUUCCGACAAUGCGACCGCGGUGGCCUUCCUCAACCAUCAGGGCGGCACCAGAUCUCGCACCCUUCUAGACUUGUCCCUAGAGAUCCUGGGCUGGGCCGAGCAGAGAGUUAUCUCGCUCUCGGCGGUACACCUGAAAGGGACCCUCAAUCUGGAGGCAGACUAUUUAAGUCGCCAUCCCAUUCUCCAGGGGGAAUGGGAACUAAAUGCAGAGAUUUUCAGUCUAAUAUGCCAGCACUUUGGCAACCCAGAGAUAGAUCUCUUCGCCCGCAGGGCAAACCGGAAGGUGAAGAGGUUCUUCUCUCUCUCCCGAGAAAACGGCUCGGAGGGGGUGGAUGCAUUGGCACAGAUAUGGAGGUUUCAGCUAGCCUAUGCCUUUCCUCCGUUGAGCCUGAUUCCGAGAGUCCUACAGAAGGUAAAUCUAGCAGUAGGGAAGUUCAUUCUCGUCACACCCUGGUGGCCCAAGAGGGCCUGGUUUCCCGCUCUAGAGCGAGGGUCAGUGUCGCCUCCCCUACUUCUCCCUGUCCGGGCGGACCUUCUUCGUCAGGGUCCGAUUUAUCACCCAGAGCCCAGCUUCUUCAAACUGACGGCCUGGUGCUUGAGAGGCGGAGCCUGAGGGAGAAGGGCUGCUCCGAGAGAGUUAUUGACACGCUUCUAGCCAGUAGGAAGGUAGUCACUAGACGUAUUUAUGCCAAGACCUGGGGCAUCUUUUCUCGCUGGUGCUCAGCGAGACAGGUUUCCCAGCAGGAGACCUCAGUCAUCUUAGAAUUUCUCCAAGAUGGAGUAGACAAGGGGUUAGCCACAAGGACUCUAAGGGUUCAGGUGGCAGCCUUGUCGUAUUUUUUGGAUAGACGUCUAUCCCUGGACCCCCUGGUCAAAAGGUUUCUUAUAGCCAGAGACAGGUUGUCCCCAGUUCAUAUCUCUAGGGUUCCACCCUGGGAUCUUUCUUUAGUGUUGAAUCAACUUACCAAGGCUCCGUUUGAGCCAAUUGACACUAUCCCCAUCAGGUUACUCACCUUUAAAUUCGCCUUCCUCUUGGCAAUCACGACGGCCAAGAGGAUAGGUGAUAUGCAGGCGCUCUCUAUUAAAGAGCCAUUUUUUCGUUUAUUUGAGGACAGGGUAGUUCUAAGUCAGGACCCCCUUUACCUUCCUAAGGUAGUGACAAAGUUCCACAGGUCACAGGAGGUAAUCCUCCCUUCUUUUUGUUCAAACCCCCAGAAUGAAGGAGAAGCUUCCUUUCAUUGUCUGGAUGUUAGACGAUGUCUAUUAACUUAUUUAGAGAGAGUCACGGCCUUUAGACGUUCUACUCAUCUUUUAAUUUGUUUUUCGGGACAGAAAAGAGGCCUUCAGGCGUCCAGAGCCUCUAUUGCAAGAUGGAUUAGGCAGGCUAUUUCCUUAGCUUAUGUACAAGCCUGUAAGGUAGCUCCUAAUAUUAGAGCACACUCCACACGGUCUCUAGCAACCUCCUGGGCAGAAAGGGCCGGAGCUUCGGUGGAGCAGAUUUGCAAAGCAGCGACGUGGUCAAGUCAGAACACGUUCCUGAAGCAUUACAGAGUCGACCUACUGUCACCUCAGGACUUGGUUUUCGGGAGAAAGGUCCUGCAAGCAGUGGUCCCGCCCUAAGGUAGGCCUGAAGCUACUUGCUUCUCUCUCAGGGUGCCGUCCUGG